UGGGAACAUAUAAGGUCAAACUGUGUCAAAGAGGUGGAGAAUCUCGUCGUCGAUGUAAACAACAAAGUUUGCUGAUUUUCUUAUCCCUUUAUAAAUGCUUUAACUUUAGGCCUAGAUUAGUUUUUGGGAAUGAGUGAGCUGAACAAUAAUUGAAUUAGGCACGUUGACCUUUCACUCAAGAUGGAUGAUAAUGAUAUGGUUCAAAUACAUUUACCACCUUAUGAAUACCCACCACCAUGGAUACCACCUCACCAGCGGCGCAACCAUCAAGACUAUGAGAGCAAUUUAAGUCAGUUCCUUCCACGUUCAGUUCAUUUCUCAAGAUCAAGACAAACAAAUCAGUUUGGUUUUCAUAUAAAAGGCGGUAUGGAGCAUAGGUGCGGUCUUUAUGUUUCAAGGGUUCUGCAAGACUCAAAUGCAUACCGUGUGGGCUUGAGAGUUGGUGAUUUAAUCUUAACUGUUAAUGGCUACGACUUUACUGACUUGGAUCAUGAUGCGGCUGUUCAGGUUUUGAAAGAAAGCAGAGAAAUAGAAAUGCAACUGAAGUACUUUCCUUAUGGGUAUGACAAAUUAUGUAGAAUGUCAGAAAUGCAACAGAAGAGACUGGACUACCAAGAGUACAUGGAAAAUAAAUAAAUAAAUUAUGAAAAUGCAUAUGAUUACUAGGUUGACCUAUCUAGAAGUCGACGAUUUCUUCACACUAUUGGUAAUCACCAUGUAUAGAAGAUAGAUUUUUCGCAUGCUGAAUGUCAUCUCUAGAAUGUUGAUUGUCGCUUCUUAUAUGAAGUUUGUCAACAUUUGAAAGACCUUGGAAAUUUUGCUAUUAAACUUUGAACCUGUUCUGUGGAUUCACUUCACUAUAUAAAAUGCCAUGACUGAUCUGUAUGUGUAUGUGUUUUUUUAUUUAUUAAAACUUCAAAUAGCAAUACUAAACAAGUUAUAUUAAAAUUUGCAGCUCUGCUUGUUCAGGCAUUCUAAUUGUCAGCUACUAUGUCAUCUCUGGAUGAGAAAUUUACAACCAAUCACAGAAUGAAUAGCUCAGGCUUUGUACCUUCAAGCAUUGAAGGAUGAAGUGUUGCUUACCAAAAUUAACAAUUAGAAUACAAUAGUACUUUAACAGUCUUUUUUCUUUUAUAUAUUAAUUUAAUUAUUGAACAGUAUUUAAGAAUGGUAGUUCUAGCAUUGUGGCCUCAAAGAGGCUGCCCUCAAUAUAAAUAUAGGUCUAUUUACUAGCUUUAAAAAGUAGAGCAAUAAAAUGUAUGAAAUACUGAUUUUUUUUUUACAUUUACAUUAUCAUCCAUUUUAGCUUUCAAAAGUAAGAUAUAAGUUAAAGGAAAAUUGAGCAUGUGAUGAAAGCUAUAGUAUAGUAUUUGUAUCAUAAUGGUGUUGUAUUAUAUGUAUUGCAAUAAUUUUUAGUUGGUUGCUGUAUUUUUUUCAAAUUGUAUUUAUUCUUCAUACAUUUUAAAAAAAGGAAAAUGGAAUUGUUAUGUGAUUUUGAUUGAUUACAAAAUCAAUGUAGAUAAUAAGAGGCUUGAGUAAAUUCAGCUUUCAGUAUUACACCAGCCUCACUUGCAAACUCCUCAUGUGUGCAAAUUUUACUUUGCGAUGCAUCAGCAAUAUCAAUUCAUGGUUUGAUGUUUUGCCUUAUCUGACAAAUAAACCGAUAAACCAUGUACGUGCAUUAAACCCGGGUACUCGCUCCAUUGUAUGACAACGCGACGCCUUUUGCUGAUAGUUGUUAGCAGUCUGAAUGAAUCGUCAUAAAAAACUAUCCAUUGCGCGCACGUCUUCCUGUUGCAUUCUUUAUAGAAUCGCUUCUGCCUACGACCGCCGGGCAUCAUGAGUGCCUGGCUUAAGCUCAGCCAAAAGCAGGUGAUUGUCUAUAACUGAAUAUGUAUUAAUUAGGAGAUGUUAAUUGGUCAGAAAAAUGUAGGUGUGAUGUCACAUCAACGAGAAUGCACGUGGCGAAUGAUGUGACCAGUAAAUGGCCAAUGAAAGUGUGAAGUUCUUAGUAUUGCACCUUUCACCAUUUUUGAAAAGCUGUAACAACUACACUGUGAAGCAGGAAUCUGAUAGCUGAAUCCACUUAUGUGCUUUAGUUUUAUUGUUUGUAGUGUUUACAUUGUAAGUAGUGGGGAUCCAGGGGGUCUCGGGAUAUCCAAGACAGAAAAGCAACCAAUAAAUUUCUCUGUGAAUGCUGCAUAAACAUCAUUUUUAAUCCAAGUGCCUGAUUUCAAUCUAGAGGUUUCUAUUAAAUUUGCUCCAUCCAAAGUGUGUGACUGAGGUGUUAAGUGGGUGUAUCCCCCGCCCCCACCAUCGCCUCCUCUGGAAUUCCAACCACUGUGUAAUGCCUGUAUUUUGAUGUUAGAUGAUGUGGUUUCACCUUGAUGUUAUUUAUAGAUUUCACAAUUGUGUAUUAGAGGUUUAGAUUUUAAUAAAACAAAUUAUAAAUUUGCAAAUUUU